AUGGCAAAGGAGAGGUUUGGCGUGCUCUCUAAGAAAGGACCCGGCUUCAAUGGGGUUUCUGUCAUUCCAAGAUUUUGCCUUCUAUAUUACCGUCUGCGAAUGGAGUGUUGGCGGCAAACACCCGGUGCCUUCUCAACAAUAGACGUACGACCCAUUCUUCAGAACCAAUUCAAGUAA